AUGGGGCUUCAGUGGCUCCCUUCCUUACAGGUCUUGUUUACCUUCUUGCUCUUUCUGAUUUUGGUGCUGAAAAUAGGAAGAGAUGCAAAACCAAUUACUCUGCUUCAAAUCUAUCCCCCAAGGCCAUGGAAGCUACCAUUCAUAGGAAACAUACAACAGCUUAUUGGCUCUCUACCUCAUCAUGGACUGAGAGACUUGGCCAAGAGAUGUGGACCUCUUAUGCACCUACGGCUUGGAGAAGUUUCCACCGUUGUAGUUUCAUUACCAGAGUUUGCUAAAGAGUAUUACCGACGAAUUCGUGAAGACGAAGUAGUGAAUCUCAUUAAAUGGGUUUCUUUAAGAGCAAGAUCACCCAUCAAUCUUACAGAGGAACUUUACUCAUCGACAUAUAGCAUUGCUUCACAUGCAGCUUUUGGUAAAACAACCAAAGAUCAUGAAGGAUUCAUAUAUGUUGUGAAGAAAGCUAUGAAUGUGGCAGGAGGCUUUGAUCUUGCUGAUGUGUUUCCUUCUGCUCAUUUGCUUCAUCUUAUAAGCGAGAUGAGGCCUAAACACCCCCCUAGCAAAUUGGGCAAUGUCAGAAAUGAUAAUUAA